UGCAAACGUAAACGCUAUAUAAAAGCCAGUGGAACCUGGAGCUGGCCAGUGUUCCAAGGCGGCGUUGCGAAGGAGUGUGUGUGUCUGAGGCGCAGCUAAUUUUCCAACCCACGUUUAGAAGCCUUACAGUUAUGGAGGGUGUUACGUGUGUAGUUCUUGUUGUGUUUUUGGUACUGACAACUGUGAUAGCAGCGCCGCAAAGCCUGGAUCCGGACAAGAUAUACACACCGGAUGAUAUAGAAGAACUUAACAGAGCUAUAGCUCACGAGAAGUGCCUUAGGACACCUGGCUGUAAACCCAACAUCCUUCAGCAAGAUGAUAACGCCAGGUGCAAGCUGGGCGCCGGGGUGGACACCAUGCUCAAGGACAUGCGCGUCACCGUGCACUGCAACCCAUUGGCUAGCGAGGUUGUGUGGCCUAGCACGGGGCAGUGUGUCCGCCUCCUCACCCAGGGGCCCUGUCCCCGGGGUCAAUGGGUCAAACUUACCACUUCAGAAUUCAAGCCUGUAUGUGAACCGGUGCCUUGUGGGGUGGGCCAAGCAGCCACGAAAAAUGGGGCGUGCCUGAGCACCAGGACCGCCCAAGUUUGCCCACCCACCCAGCAGCUCAUCACUAAUGAAUUUGGUCAGGGCGAGUGUGACUGUGCCCCGGGCCUUGUUUACUAUGCCCCAACCAAAGCCUGCUACGCUCCCUACACCAAGGGUCCCUGUCCCAACGGCCAAGUUCUCAAGGUGAUGGAUGAGGGUGUGAGCGGAAGAGUACAGUGUGUGGCCAAUCCUUGUCCUAAAUCCAGCAUGGCCAUGGUGGACAGCAAGUGCAACCUGAGGUCCCAAACGGGCCCGGACACUACCUGCCACAUGCUCAACACUCCGGGGCCCUGUACCUCCGGGCUCUUCGCCGUAGACAACAUUAUCUCCGAGCCCAUUUGCGUUGAAACACACAGCAUCUUCAACCUACCCAAUCUGGUGGGCUGUCCGCGAGGCUCCAUCAGGGACAUGCGUGGUCGCUGUCGGCGCAACUUGGCUGUGCCGUUCCGGGGUACGCCGGCCUUCGUCACUAGUAAUCCAGUAUCUAGGCCCGGUGGCAGUGUCUGUCCCCCCGGCCAGGCUUUCUUAGGUGGUAUCUGCUUCAUGCGAGCUUCUAGUCGCCCCUAGCACUCAUCAUCUCGAUCUUUAUAUUUUCUGUACAACACAGAGUUGUUGUUUUAGAUUCAGCUACUCAGAACAAAAGUUCCAAGUAUCAUGGGCUAUGGUGAGCCCGUAGUGGACUUACCUGCCGCAGGAGCGGGGCUGUAACUGUAACAGUCUUCGACUGACCCUAAUACAGUCUUACUGCACCUUGCAUCAUCACUCUCAUGUCCUUAACCUAAUGCAUUAGGGUGGUAUUUUAUAAACUGCUGCACAAAACGCCAUUGAAAAAAUCCUAUUAUCACGAUAUUAAAAAAAAAAUUAUUCGACGAUAUUAAUCUGGUAAAAGUAGGUGUUCACGGUACGUAAGUGUGAGAACGAGAAAACUAACAACCCUACAACCUUUAAAGAACAUGUACCAAAGCCAAAAGUUGGCCACUGCCAUCGCCCUAAUCGUGAUCUCUAAAAUCACCCCCGCACUCUAGAUGCUAUACCUAGUUCACACUCCAACCAAUCAUUGAGAUACAUUUUCUUUUACAAACAAAGUAGUCCUAAGACUGAAAAUCUUACUAGGGUACUCUAUGUGGUCGCAUAACGUAAGCGUGCACAGCUUUCUCGUUUUGCAAAGCAAUGAGCACAAAAUAAGUUUUAAAAUAUUUAUGUGCAGCGAUAAUGACGCAUGUUAACAGCUCACUCGGAGAGAGAGAGAGAGAUGCAAGAGGACUACCUUCUUAGGGAUGAUAACAUCUUACAUCACAUAAUCAAAAUGUUACAACUUCAUUAAUAUUUAAAGCAAAAUAUUACUUAAUUUUCAAAAUUUAAGGGUUACUUGGCUAUUUGGUUAAUCAGCCUAAGCCAGAAUUCAACCCGUCAUCAGACCAAGUCCAUUCUAUCCUGCGGCCAACCCCAAAGACGUAAAUGACAAAAUACAAUAUUGGGAAGGGGGGGGGGGAUAGAAGAAGACAAUAGGAGUGUACGUGGGUGCCCCACAAGGCUCCCCCGAUGCUACAUAUCGUUGUCUUCGACGCCGAGGGUCCUUACAAACGCAACCAGAGGUGGUACCCUCUAUAUAGAUGAUAAAAACAACUAUUAUUAUAGAUUUAUACAUAGUCAGGCUUAGAUCAGCCCGUCCUCC